AUGAAAGAAUAUUCAUAUGAAAACUAUUAUCCUAAAGAUAAAAACGAUAUAAGAAAUAUUUCGAAAGAAAAGGAUAGAAUGAUUGUGUUACAUAAUAUAUUAAAAGAUUGUAUUAUAGCUAAGGUAAAAAAUGAUUAUGGAGAUGAUGAAAAAUAUUUUAUCAAUUUAAAAGAUUAUCCUGAAAAAAAGGACGAUAUAAAGAAUAAAAAUAUUUAUUUAUAUAAAAUAUCAAAUGAUAAUUUGAAAACAUGCAGCAAUUAUUUUGAUUCUAUAAAUCAGAAGGUCCUGGUACCUUUUUUGGAAAAUUCUAAUAGUAUUAUAGAUAAGAAAGAUUGUAAAAUAGAUCAUAUAUGUUAUAAUAGUACAAAUGAAAGUGAGGGAAAAAAUAAUGAUAUAAUAAAGUAUAAGGAAAGACCUGAUCAUAUGUUAUCAAAUGAAUCUGUACAUAUAAAAAGAAGUGUUAAUAUGUUACAUAAUAAUAUUAUAAAAAGACUUAAGGACAACACUAGAAAUGAUAAUAAUAAUAAUAAUAAUAAAUAUGUUGAAAAUAAAUUUUAUAAAAGUAAGGGAAUAUAUAAUGAAGAAAAAGAAAAAAAGCAACACAAAAAAAGCAACACAAAAAAGGAAAUGAAAAAAAGUAACUUUUCAUUUGUUAGAAAAGAAUCUUCAUCUAAAUUAAAAUAUUGCAAUAAUAUAAAUAAUAGUAAGAAAAAAAAAAUUGUAAAUUCAAAAGGAACAAUUAAUGGAAAAGAGAAAAUUGAAAAUAAAAGAGGAUCCACAAAAGGAUCAAAAAAGAAUAUGUCAACAUAUUUUUUCAAAACUAAUGAUAAGAAUGAUAUUAAAUUGAGAAAUAGGAAUCACUCUAAUAAUUCCCAAAAAAGAAGUAGAAAUAAUAAUCAAAUUAAUGAAAAUCCAGAUUUUGAAUUUUUAUUUAAUACUAAAGUUGUAAAGCAAGAAAAUAUAGGUAAAGAUUGUAACAUAUUGUCGAACGAACUUGUUUUUAGUGGGAAUAUAAUGAAGGUUAAAAAACAAAAAAGAAAAAAAAUUGAUAUAAAAAAUAGAAAUAAUAACAACAAAACGGUGGAAAGAAAUAUAUCAAAUGGUACUAACAAAAUAAUCAAUCCAUAUAAAAUGGAGAAAAAUAAAAAGGACUUGAAAAAUAACGAAAAUAUCAAAAAUAUCAAAAAUAUCAAAAAUAUCAAAAAUAUCAAAUAUAUCAAAAAUAAUAAAAAUAAUAAAAAUAAUUUUAUAACCAUAGGACAAAGGAAUAUAUCAACAAAUCACAAUAAAAUAAAUGAAGAAUGUUUUAAUAAAAAUUGUAAAGAUGAACAUAGCACAAAUACCGAAAGUUCUUAUGAAAUUUCUAUACAGGGAGAAGUGAAUUUAAAUUUUGAUUUAAGUGAUAAGGAAGGUACAGAAAUGAAGAGUAAUAAUAAUAUUAUAUUCAUGUGUAAUGAUAAUUAUGUGAAAAAGAGAUAUAUAAAUAAUAGUAAUGAUAUAAAUAAUAUUAAAAGUAAGGAAGAAAAAAAUAAAAAUAAUUGUAUAUCCCAACAAAAUGGUAAGAUGGAAAAGGAAAAAAUGAAAGAAAAUUUUCUUUUCCAUAAUGAUUAUAAAAAUGAUCAAAGUAAUAUGUGUAGACAUAACAAAGAAACAGAAGAGAAGAAAGUUGAUCAUAUAUAUCAAAAUGGGAAAUGUAUGAAAUCUUCUAGCUCAUUUGAAGUGAAGCAUUUAUAUAAAAAAAUAAAUGACAUUUUUGAUGUUAAUAUUAAAAAUAAGAAAAAAUAUAUUCACAUAGAAAAAUGUGAUAAUAUUAUAAAGAAAUAUUGUCCAAUCCAUCCAGAUGAACAUGUUAAUAUGUACAUGAACAAUGUAAAGGAAAAAAGAAACAAACAAAAUAGUAGUGAACCAGUUAAGGGCAUAAAUAAUAUAGCAUUAAACGUUUGUACAAGAACAAAUAAUGAGAACAAUAUUUUUGAUAAAAGUAUGAUAACUCAAAAAAAGGAAAAAAAAAAAAAAAAUUUCCAUGAAUAUAAUAUAGAAAAUAAUCAUUUAAAUAAUGAAAUGCACAAAACUGAUGAUAAUACAGAAUAUAAAAAAAAAAAACAGAUUAGUUUAUUGGAAAAAAGUAACAUAAAGCAUAAUAAUUUAAGGAUUCAUAAAAAUACAGAUAAAGGGAAUAAUAAUAAAUGGAUAUCUGGAAAUAUUAUAAAUAAUGAGUACAAAACCACAAAGGAUAUAUAUUACAAUAAUUUAUAUAAGAUUAAUCGUGUAAAAUUAGAAAAAGAGGAUAAUAAUAAUGGGAGGAUAAGGUUUAAACGUGGCACGUUUAAUGAAACGUAUGAUAAUAUAUAUCAUCACAAAAAAUGUUAUGAUUUAGUAUUGGAUGAACUGCUGAAAGUUACUAGAAAGAAAAAAAACAAGAAACACUAUCAUGAAUAUGAUAAAAUGCAUAAUCAUGAAAAGAAUAUUUUAACUAACAAUAGUAAUAAUAAUAAUAAUAAUCAUAAUAAUAAUCGUUUUGAUAUAAAUAAAAUGAAAGAACCUGAUGAGAAAAGAAAAAAUGAUAAAUCAAGCAUUACAUGUGAUAACGAAAAUAUUAGGAUUGAUUAUAAAAGAAGCGCCAUGGAAACAAUUAGGAACCAAAAAAUACAUCAAGUCACAAAUCAAUUGAACGUUACAAAAUAUGAAUCCAAACUUAUCGAACUAGAAGAAAAAAUGAUAAAGUUAAAAGAAUUGUUAAAAAAAGAAGAUAUAGAAAAUGAACAGUUGAAAAGUUUUUUAAUUUUACAAGAUGAGGAAAUUAAUGCUCUUAAGGAAGAAUUAAAAAUAUUAUCAGAACAAAAUAAUAAAAAAAAAAAAAUUUCCAAAACGAAAAAGGAUAAAAGUCAUCAAAAUACAACAUUUUAUAAAAAUCUAAUAAAAUCCAAGCCAUCAAAAUUUAUGGAAAUAAUUUUAAAAAAUGUAAAAGAAAAAAAACAAGAAAAGAAAACGUGUAACUUUAAAGAGUUAGAUAAAAAUAAUGAUGAAAUGAUUAUGAAAGAUCCCAUUAUUUUUGAUAAUAAAAAUAAUAUUAAUCCUAUAGUCAAAAAUGUAAAUAGUCUAUCGACUAGUUGUAAUUCUGUUGUACAUUCAUGUUAUCCUUAUGACAAAAAAAAUAUAGAAAAUGAAGAAAAUGAAAAAAAUGAAAAAAAUGAAAAAAAUGAAAAAAAUGAAGAAAAUGAAAAAAAUGAAGAAAAUGAAAAAAAUCAAAAACAAGCAAAUAAUCACAAUGAGACAGCUAUUUUUAAUGAUAUGCCUCCUAAUAUUAAAAAUAACCAAAUCGAUAUGAAUAACACGUUUUCCUAUAUUUGUUGUGAUAUGAGAAAAAGGCGUUCGUUGGAUAGUUCAACAGGGUUUAUCAUAAAAGAAAAGAAUGAUGAAAAUGCAUCGCAUAAAUUAAAAACAAUGUUUUGUCCAAUGUAUAAAAAUGAAUGGAGAAUAAACAAAAAUGAUGAAAUGAGAAAAGAGUAUCAUCCCCAUGAGACAUCAAAUGGACAAAUUCAUAAUUAUGUUACAAAUAAAUAUCCUAUAAAAAAUGAUAAUACCAAAAUAAAUUUACUAAAAGUUAAUAUUAGUGAAGGUAAAAAGGAAAGAAUUGCUAGUGUUAAUUUUAACAAAUGUGAGGAUGAUAAUAAGAAUGAUAUAGAAAACAUGAAUGAAAGAACAAGUAAUAUACAAACUAUGAAUAAAAUAGAAAAUCAAAUUAAAAAUAAAAUUGAUUGUAAUAAUAUGGAAAAUUUACAUAAGUACAAUAAAGAAUCAAAUACAAAUGAUGCAUAUCAUAAUUUGAAUCUUUGUCCUAGUACCAUUUUCAGGAAAAAGAAUAAUAACAAAAAAAAUAACGUCAAAAUAUGUCAAGAAAAAAUCAAUCCACACAUUGUACAUAUUAAUUAUAUAAGUAAUGACAAUUUUGGUCAGAUGAGGAAGUCAGGUAAAAAUAAAUAUUUCUUAAGAAAAGUAAAAGAAGAAAAGAUAAAUGAAGAAAAAAAGGAAAAUAUUUUUUCUAAAUUUUUUUCUUAUAUAAAAAAGAAAAGUAUAUGUAAUGAAAAAAAAGAUCAUAAUAAGAAUUUAAGAAGAUAUAAUUCACAUGUUCAUUUAAGAACAAAAAAUUAUAUUUAUAAAUCACCAGAUAAUAAGAGAUCACAAUCAUUUAUUAAUUUAUUUAAAAAUUGUACAGCACAAAAUGGUUCUAAGAAUUAUACUGAUUAUGUAUUAACGGAUAAUAAUUUUAAUUCAAUUAAUACAUAUCAAAUAAAUGAUAAAGAGAAAACUGAAAUAAAAAAAGAUUCACCAAUUUUUGUUCCUCUUAAUAAAAUAGAAGAAAAUAAUAUUAUUUCUAAUAACCAUAUGAAGAUAUCAGAAAAUGUUAAUCAUCCGGAACAAUUAUAUUUAAAGGGAAAGUUUGUACCAAAAUAUAAAAUAAAUAAUGAACAUGAUAUAAAAAAGAAAAGAAAAAGUUUUGUUUGUAAAAAAGUUAUAAAAAAAGGAAUAAUAAAAUCUAAUCAAAUAUAUAAUUUUAAAAUUAAUAACGGUAUUACAAAGAACAUGAAUUUAUAUUCUCAAAAUGUAAAAGAAAAAAAAGAACAAUUAAAUAAGGAAAAUAUGAAACACAUGGAUAUUCUAAAUAUUAGGGGAAAACGAAAAAAAAAUGGAAACAUUAAUAUGCAUAAGUUAUAUAAUAAAGAUCAACAAGUAAAAAGUGUUAAUUCUGAGGAAAUACAUUUUGAAAAAUAUGAAAAAAUACAGGAAAAUGGUAAAUUAUUAAAUGACCGUAAUUACGAUAAAAACAUCAUAUCGAUCAUCGAUGGGGAAAAUAUAGGACAUGACUCUCAAAAAAGGAUAAAACAUAAAGAAGAUAAUAAGAUAAUAAAUAAUAAAAAAUAUAUAUCAAAUGUUUCAAGUAUGUCAAAUGUUUCAAGUAUGUCAAAUGUUUCAAGUAUGUCAAAUGUUUCAAAUGUUUCAAAUGUUUCAAAUGUUUCAAAUGUUUCAAAUAUGUCAAAUGUUUCAAAUAUUUCAAAUAUGUCAAAUGUUUCAAAUAUAUCAAAUAUAUCAAAUAUAUCAGAUGACAUAAUGAUAUCCCCAAAUCAAAAGGCGCAUUAUAUUAACAGUAGUAAUAAUAAUAAUAAGAAGAAGACAUUCUAUUUAAAUAAUCCUUCUGAUAAUAGUACAAACACAAAUAUAAACUUGCUUAAACCAAGUAUUAGAAAAAUGUAUGGACCACCUGAAGGUUCCACUUGUUCAAAUGAUCACAAGAAAUAUUUAUGGAUAAACGAUGAAGAAGAAAAAAAUAGGACAAAUCAGGAUAAGCAUAAAAAAAAAAAAGAAAAAAAAUGUCAUUAUGAUCACAAUGAUGAUAAUUCAUUAGAAAAUUCAAGUAAAAUAAAUAUUAAUGAUUUUCUUAAAAAUCAAGAAAUUCAAGGGAAAUUUAAUUUGCACUUGACAAAUGCAAAUAAAAAAUUGAAUGAUUCUUCGCAAAAUGUAAUUAAAAAAAUUGUAUUAAAUUGUAAAUGUAAAAAAUUAAAAGAGGAAAAGAAAAAAAAUAAAAGUAUCAAAAAUUUUAAUAAUGAAAAUAAACAUAUAAAUGAUAUGAAAAAUGUAGAAAUAAUUAAAAACAAGGUAUCUCAUUUGGACAAUAAAAAAAAAAAAAAUAUAAUAAAUAAUAAUAAUAUAAUACAUGAAAACAAAAUGAAUGAUAAUAUUAAUUAUUAUUUAUUUAAAAAUGAUAAAAUAAAAAAAAAAAAUAUAUAUAUACAUGAUCAAGAUAUCCCACAGGAAUAUAUAAGCAAACAAAAGGAUAGCUCUUGUAAAAAAUAUAUAAAUAAUAUGGAAAAACAAAAUAUAAACUAUGAUUUUCAGAUAUCAAGUUAUGAUAAUUAUUCUAAUAAAAAAAAUUGUCAUAUGUAUGAAAAUAUUAUUCCUAUUGAAAGUAAUCAACAAAAUAAUGUAUUAAAUUCAAAUGGAUAUCAUAUAAAUCAUGAACCUAAAAUACACUUUCUUGAAAAUGAUGAGUCAACAAUAAUUGUGGAAUAUCCAAAUGUUAAUUAUUAUAUUAAAUGCCCUUGA